GGAUCUCCAGCAGCCAAAGCCACCGGGGCUCUCCAAGGUGCUGAAGGACCUCACAAGCUCUAAAAGGGUCCACAUUUAGAAAUAAAACAUGGAAGAUGUGAAGAUAUAAGUGUAUCUGCCCCUUUUACCUCCAAUCCCACCCUUAAGACCUGGUCAGCCUGAAGAGACCCCCACCCAGGAAGCCUUGCUGAAGCCAUCAGAGGUGAAGAUGGCAACAUGGAAGAACUCUCUCUGUACCGAAUCUCUCAUUGCUCUGCUAAUGGUGGGCUUGUGCACCCCGGUGUGCGUUGAAGUUCCUUCAGGGACGAAGGCCGUGCAGGGAAAGAACAUGACCUUGGGGUGUAUCUCCUGCAUGAAGAGAGAAGAAGUUGAGGCCAUCACUACCGUGAAGUGGUUCUAUCAACCGGUCGGCGGGGAAGAAUCCCUUAUAUACGAGUUUUCCGGGGGACAGGGUAUGGAAAGUAAAAGCUCCAUGCAAGGCCGAAUCUCGUGGAACGGAAGCCGAGAUCUGCAGGAUGUUUCCAUCACCAUAAUCAACGUGACGGUGAACGAUUCGGGGCGUUUCACCUGCAACGUGACCCGCAUCCUACGCUUCGAGACUCAUAACCACGUAGUCCAAAGCAACAUAAGCAUUGAUCUCAAGGUGACGGUGGAAGACAGUGAAGAUUUCACAUCGGUGCUUUCAGAAAUUAUGAUGUAUAUCCUCCUGGCCUUCCUCACCGUGUGGCUGCUGGUAGAAAUCGGCUAUUGCUACAGAAAGAUCUCCAAAGCAGAAGUCACGCAGGAAAGUAUAACCGAUUAUCUAGCGAUUCCGUCAGAAAACAAGGAGAAUUGCUCAGUUCCUGUGGAGGAAUAAGAUGUCACCUUACCGAAGGUGGUCAGAAGCCAAGAAGAAGCCGAUCAACCUCUCGAGAACACACGAACAGGAGUUAGCCAUGCACUUUAGUGUCCAAUUCAUUUAAGACUCCAUUUCCUUUAGCACUUCCUCUUAUAAACGCUUUGUACACCUUUCGCUACAAGUCUACGGUCAAGCUCUGUAGCACCUGAGCUUCCAUGACUGGUACGUAACAAGCUUUGAAGGACUGAGGACCUCAGGUGAUGGCCACAUAGUGUUCUCCUCAAGAUGGA